CGACCACAUCUCAUCUGGAGAUAUUAGCCAUCUCGGCUCCAUACAGCGCCUGUAAAAUGACAGCCUUCAAAGGAAUAUGGACAAGACAAUUUUGGACCUCCAUGGCGGGGGAAUUCUUAGCUGUUUUUCUUUUUCUGGUCGUUAGUUUAGGUUCCACAGCAGGGAUAACCAUACCAGGACCCAGCGAAACGCACAUUGCACUCUGCUUUGGAUUUAGCAUUGCCAUCCUAAUUCAUUGCUUUGGGCACAUAUGUGAAGCCUACUUGAAUCCUGCGGUGGCAAUGGCCAUGAUUUGCACCAAGAAAAUCUCAGCUGCCAAAGGCAUCUUCUACAUCAUUAUUCAGUGUCUGGCAGCCAUCGCUGGAGCUGGGGUGGUAGCACUAAUCACACCUAAUGACAAGUGGCCAGUGGGAAUAACUAAGGAACAUGAAACCAUUUCUCACGGCCAGGCGCUGCUUGUGGAAACGCUUAUUACUUUUCAGUUAGUCUUCACAAUAUUUGCAUCAUGUGACAAAAAAAGAAGUGAUAUCAAAGUGCCAAUUCCUCUUAUCAUUGGUCUAUCUGUAACCAUCGGACACCUCUUUGCAAUUAAGUACACAGGUGCCAGCAUGAAUCCAGCGAGGUCUUUAGGAACAAGUGUUGUUUUUAAUCAUUGGGAGAAUCACUGGAUCUACUGGAUUGGCCCAAUGAUGGGCGGUAUCCUGGCCAGUUUUGUCUACGAGUAUUUAUUCUGUCCUGAUCCAGAAGUUAAAUUACGUCUGCAAGCCAAUUUUACAAGGCAACAAAAUGAGGAUGAAUCUGUUCAAUUGACAGUGCAUCCAGGGGAUGGAGGAGAAUACAACAAAUUGGAAGCCACCGCAUAAAAAUAUGAACUGUGUCAUUUGUGAAUUCCACACAAGGUUUUCUACGAAAAUGCUUUUGUUUAAAAUAAUUAUGUUUUUACUAGUGAUACCAAGGAAAAUGGCUACUGAUGUUAAACAAACAGAUUCUCCGGUAGAAUACAUAGAAAAUAUUAUUUUAAAGGAGAAGGAAAGCUACUCAGGAAUUUUAUUGCCAAUAGAUUAGUCACAAUAGUGCAAGCUAGAACGCUAUAUUUAUUUUGCAGUAUGCUUUACCAUACCUGAGUAAACAGCCAUAAAAGCUAUCCUUGUUUAAGAUAGUAUCAGCCGUUUUAGUUUGGUCUGACUUCACUUCCAGGAAGCAGCGCGCAGGCAGGGAACAGCUUUCAGCUCAGAUUAUAGCAGAGAGGGGAGGGGGGUGGAGGAGAAGGAGGGGGGAAAAAGGGGAGCAAACACAGUCUGACACAGAAUAUCAUGUGUACAGGAUAGAAGGAAAAAUAUAAUAUUUAUUUUCAAAGAGGACUCAGUGCAGCGUUUCUGUGAGUGCUUAUGGCUGUAUUUACAUAGACCUUUCUGAUAAAGCUUACUUAGUUUUUACCUUUCCUUCUCCUUUAAUGGAGGCUAGAUUACCACUACCAGUAUGGAGUGAGACUGCAAGUAAAUCAAUACAUAAGUUUAGAAAACUGUUCACCAAAACAGUUCUUUAUUGAUAUAGAAAUGUGGUUAAUCAAUUUGUAUUUAUUUAUUUUUAUUGUUUGUUUUUAAAUAUUGUGUCGAUAAAAUAUACUCUUCUUACAAUGAAUUCUGCCUCGAAUUCUGGCAGAGCAAACAGAAAGGGUGUGCUGUUUACAAUUAGUUCCAAACUCUUUCUCUAUGCUGCCUGUGCUAUUAUGCAUAACAAAGGACUAAAUGGGGAGAAUCUAUGGGACAGGAGAGAUCCUUCGGGAGCAUCUUCUUUUUAGAAGGAUCUACUGUAAAAAGGGUUCAGAACAACUGGUAUAGAAAAUUUUUAGAAGAAUUCCUAAUUUCCAGGAUUAUGUUGAAUGUACAGUCGUUAUACAUUGUAUUUCUAAUGAUUUAUUGAGGUAGAGAUUUUCCGUUUUCCUUUAGCUGCUCCUCAGACACAUUAUACAUUUCAGGUCUCUGGGCAUUCUGCCUUCCCCCAGCUCAGAGUCAUGUUAUAUAGAAAGGAGAGGAUUCCUGGCAGAGUUUUGAGCAUCAAAAGUGAAAUGUAUAAUAUUUAUAAUAUUUAUAUCUAAUGACUACUUUACAGUUACAGGUAUUAUCUUAGAAUUUGUUGGAUCUUUAUUAAUAAAA